AUGAAUGAUGAUGAUGAUGAUGAUGAUGAUGAUGAUGAUGAGAUGAUGAUGGAUGAUGAUGAUGAUGAUGAUGAUGAUGAUGAUGAUGAUGAUGAUGAUGAUGAUGAUGAUGAUGAUGAUGAUGAUGAUGAUGAUGAUGAUGAUGAUGAUGAUGAUGCUGAUGAUGAUGAUGAUGAUGAUGAUGAUGAUGAUGAUGAUGAUGAUGAUGAUGAUGAUGAUGAUGAUGAUGAUGAUGAUGAUGAUGAUGAUGAUGAUGAUGAUGAUGAUGAUGAUGAUGAUGAUGAUGAUGAUGAUGAUGAUGAUGAUGAUGAUGAUGAUGAUGAUGAUGAUGAUGAUGAUGAUGAUGAUGAUGAUGAUGAUGAUGAUGAUGAUGAUGAUGAUGAUGAUGAUGAUGAUGAUGAUGAUGAUGAUGAUGAUGAUGAUGAUGAUGAUGAUGAUGAUGAUGAUGAUGAUGAUGAUGAUGAUGAUGAUGAUGAUGAUGAUGAUGAUGAUGAUGAUGAUGAUGAUGAUGAUGAUGAUGAUGAUGAUGAUGAUGAUGAUGAUGAUGAUGAUGAUGAUGAGUGA